GUUUGGUGUGGACCUGGUACCUCUUUUGUGAAGCGGCAGCUGAGGAGGCUCCGGCGCUCGCCAUGGUCGAUGAAAAGCCCAAGGAAGGAGUCAAGACUGAGAACAACGAUCAUAUUAAUUUGAAGGUGGCGGGGCAGGAUGGUUCUGUGGUGCAGUUUAAGAUUAAGAGGCAUACACCACUUGGUAAACUAAUGAAAGCCUAUUGUGAACGACAGGGUUUGUCAAUGAGGCAGAUCAAAUUCCGAUUUGACGGGCAGCCAAUCAAUGAAACAGACACGCCUGCAGAGUUGGAAAUGGAGGAUGAAGAUACAACUGAUGUGUUCCAGCAGCAGACAGGAGGUGUCUACUAAAAAGGGAACCUGCUACUUUACUUCAGAAUUCUGUUCCUCCAGACCAAGAAGACAUUCUCAAUUAGAAAACCUCAAUUUGGUUCCACCACAUCCUGACUAC